AUGGCGAACUUGUUACCGAUAUUUUUGAUUGUGGUGACAUUGGUGGACGGUCUUUCAAAAUGUAACGCUCAAAAGCCUCUCAAGACGUUUACGUUGGAGGAACUGGUACCUUUGCAGUCAGAGUUUGUCCCAGAGAGAGUGGCCGUGGAAUGGAUUUCAGAUUCAGAGUAUAUAAUUGCAGAACCAGGAGCGAUAUAUAAAUACAACGUUGUCACCGACACGUUCACUAAGUUACUGAACGACACAGAUUGGGCUAAACUGAGUGCGAACGCCGUAACAUCGUUUUCGAACGAUCAGAAAUAUCUUCUUUUGGCGUCUGACAGAACAAAGGUGUACAGAUAUUCAACCUUGGCUAAAUAUUCUGUCUUUGACCUCGAGAGCAAAUCCAUAAAAAAAAUUGGGCAAGAUCAUUUGCAAGUAGUCCUAUGGGAUAAGGGGCGUGGCAUCGCUUUUGUGGAAAACAAUAAUGUGUUCUACAUUCCUGAUGCCAAAGAACCUGAUGUAGUGAGGCAGUUGACCACCGAAGGUGUCCCCGGAAAAGUAUAUUGUGGUGCAGCUGAUUGGAUAUAUGAAGAGGAAAUUUUAAAUGCCGCCGAAGCAAUGUGGUUUUCUAAAAAUGGAUCAUACCUAGCUCUUGCCAUUUAUAAUGAUACGUUAGUGAAGUCGGCAGUGUUUCCCUAUUAUGGAGAUCCCGAAGACUUAGAUAACCAAUAUACUAAGAUGGUAGAAUUUAAAUACCCUAAGGCAGGUCGCAAAAAUCCAGAUGUAGCUCUACACGUGUAUAAUUUACACGAAGAGAACAGUAAACCAAUAAAAAUAAAAGCGCCCGUUGACGUAAUUGGUGAUGACCACAUACUUGGAAGGGUUAACUGGCCGACAGACAGCAACGUGCUGGUUCUAUGGUUAAAACGAAGACAGAGUAUCAGCGUCUUAAUGCUGUGUGACGUAAGACAAGACAAUUGCACGAUAUUAAAAGAGCAUACGGAACCCAACGGCUGGAUUGAUAUCAGAGAGCCGCUAUUCAACGCGAACGGUACGAAAAUGUUGGAAAUUCAACCAGCAUUGUUCAAUAACCAGCGAUAUUUCCACGUCGCCCGCUUCGACUUCAAAACUUUAGAGACGGAGGAUCUGACGCCCGGAAACUCGACGGUUAAAGAGAUUGUAGGCUGGAACCAGAAUACGGAUACAGUGUUCUUCAUUGUGUCACCGGGGAACGCGCCUUGGCAGAGGCAGUUGUGGUCGGUCUCAAAGGGGAAUAUUUUGUGUAUGACGUGUAGCCAGACGGCGUGUCAUAGCGUCGACGGUAUGUUCUCGCCUGGCGGAAGUCACGCUAUUUUAUCGUGCAGUGCAUUCAACGUCCCUCCUAUAUCCUAUUUCUAUAUCAGUCAGAACAAUGGCUACAAAUUGCUCACAGAAAACGCUCGUCUAGUUGAAAAACUAAGGCAAUAUAAAUUACCAAUGGCCCUUUACAAUAUGAUGCCGUUGGAUAACAAAGUGAUGUCACAUAUAAAAUUGCAAUUGCCCCCCCAAAUGGAGGAGGGUCGGAAGUAUCCGAUGAUUGUGAGGGUGUACUCUGGUCCAGGAACGUCUAGGGUUAAAGAUAGUUUUGAUCUAGAAUACUACAACACGUAUUUGAGUGCUAACCGCAGUAUAAUAGUUGCGUCAAUUGAUGUUCGAGGUUCUGGAUCUAUGGGUGUCGAAGCUAUGCAUGCUCUAGAUAGAGCACUUGGGACGGUGGAAAUUACAGACACUCUAGCAGCAAUUAAGCGCCUAGUGGAAUUGUACAAAUUCAUUGAUCCUACGCGUAUAGGAGUUUGGGGUUGGAGUUACGGUGGUUAUGCCACCACAAUGAUGCUUGUCAAAGAUGAUGAGAAGCUUCUCGCUUGUGGCGCUGCAGUCGCCCCUGUUACGUCUUGGUUAUAUUAUGAUUCAAUCUACACCGAGCGUUAUAUGGACACGCCUGAGAAUAACAUAGAAGGCUACAGAGAAUCAGAUCUUAUGUCUAAGGCUGGAAAACUGCGCGGGCGCCGGUACCUCAUUGUGCAUGGUACAGGCGAUGACAAUGUGCAUUUCCAGCACAGCAUGCAGUUUGCGAAGGAGUUGCAGAGAGCUGAUAUUGCUUUCGAGCAAAUGAGUUACGCUGAUGAAAAUCAUUCCCUACGCCGUGUGAGCCGCCAUUUCUACCACACUUUGGACCAUUUUUGGACUGAAUGUUUUAAUUUAUAG